CUUUCGUAUGUGUGUGUGUGUGUGUCUGUAUAUCCCUCUCUGUCUUUGUGAAGGAAAGAGGGUUGACUUCGUAUUGUGGUGUUUGUUAUAAGAGUAAACAAAACUGUGUGUACAUUUGAGAUCAUGUGAAUGAGAUAACCUGCAGUUAGAUCUUGAUGGAUUUUAAAAGAUCACACUUUCCAGAAAAGGAAAGAAAAUUCGAUUUACGGGAAAUAAGAAAUAAAAUUUGGUCAAGAUGUAACCGAAAUACUUAAUGGGAAAAAAAUUACAUAGACAUUGUCACUUCCUGCGAAAAGAGAGUGAGAAAUCUGAGGGGAAAAAUUAAACAACAACAACAAUAAAAUUACAAUUACUUCGAAAAAUAGUAUCCACAAAAAUAGCCAAAGAAAUUCGAUACUCAGCGUCAAAGUAGCCACCGCCUGGCGGGAAAAUAGCCAUAAAAUAUUGCACAAGUAGCCAAACAAGCCAUCGAGCCGCCUGACUCCCGAUAGAACACGAUGAACGGAGAGAGAGAUCACGAAAUAACGAGUUUUGAGGAGAGGCAGCAGCUGUGGCGAGGAGAAGAAAGGGAAGGCGAGGAAGAGAGGAAUAAAGGGGGAGAUAAGAAGAGCAAAAGAAGCCGGAGCGGAAGCGGAGGACGAAACGAAAAGGGAAGGAAGGCGGAGCAGAUAAACGGAACGGAAGAGAGGAAGAAAGUUUGGGGAAAUAUGAAGAACAAAGAAGGAAACACGAACGGUGGAAAUAAUCACUUCGAUGGUGAUGACGUCACUGAUGGCGAUGACGUCAUAGUGUACGAACCAGACGGUUUCGUGGUCGAUACCAAGAAAGCCAGGUUGCAGAUGGCUUUAAAGGGCACCAACAACGAGAGGAGGAAGGCGGACACGAAGGACACGAUGAAAGAAAAUGGGAUCCAAAACGGAGGGAAAAUUAAGAAUGAAGGAACUGGCGAGACGGAGAACAAGGAUAAACGGAAGGGAGAUUGCCAGAGAGAUAAAGGGAAAGAAAACCAAAGCGGAGAGAAAGAUAAAGGAGACACCAAGGACGAGACAAACAACCCUCGCGACCAGACAGCCCCGAGAGAGAAGGAAGGAAAGGAAAGGAGAGGAGAAGCGAAAGCAUCGGAAGGGCAGCAGAGGAAGGGCCACGCCCUCCGGAGCCCCCCGAAGCACCAGAGGACCUCCUCAUCCUCAGCCUCUCCUCCUCCUUCCUCUGCCUCUUCCUCCAGUUCCUCCACCACCUCCCCUCCUUCCUUCUCCUCCUCCGCCUCUCCUUCGUCCUCCUCUUCGUCCUCCACCGUACUACAGAAAGUCAACAUCUACGAGACGCUCGAAAUGGCGAGGAACCCCGCCUUCAGACACUACACGGCGGGCGGAGGCGUCAACGUCGUGGUGGACCUGGAGAGGGGCGUUCAGGACGGCACGUGGAAGCCUCCUCUGCCGGACUCUGACGGAGGGGACGCCGAAGGAGGCGUCGGAGGCAGCGUCGUGGACUUCGUGACCUCAAAGGCGGUGUGUGAAGGCUGGAGUCCCGCUCGGAGGCUUUAGAUUUCAGUGGCACCCUUCUUUAACUCCUUCAGUCUUCCUUUUUAGUAAAAAAAAAAA